AUGGCUCUCCCUUUUGCGCUGCGGCCCCAGCGGUCAGCAACAGCAGCAGCAGCAGCAGCAGCUCUUUCCCUUCUCUUUUGCUGCUUUCUUUCCGCCCUGCAGCAGCCAGCUGCAGCAGUCACGGUGAGCCCCCGCCCAGCUGCUGCUCGGACCCAUCUUUGCUGCGCUGCUGCUGCUGCUGCUGCUGCUGCCUUCUUGCUGCCAGGCUGCUGCUCCGGAGCUCCCCUGCUUCUACUCUGCUGCAGCUGGCGCGCAGCGCCAGCAGCAGCGGCUGCAGACGUGCGGCAGCAGCAACAGCAGCAGCAGCACCCAAUUGCCCCUCCGCAGCUUUCAGUACCCUGGGGCCCCGGGGCCCCCGGGGGCCCCGGGGGCCCCCGGGGCCCUGGGGGCCCCCCAGGUGGCGGGGGAACUGUUUUGCGGCUGUCUCCCGCUGCUGCUUUUGAAGAAGCAGCAGAAGCAGCAGAAGCAGCAGAAGCAGCAAGCCUCUGGCCCGGAGGCGCUGCGGUGCAGCAGCAGCUGCGCGAGCAGCAGGGGCUGCAGCAGCAGCAGCAGCAGCAGCGCAGCCGCGGGGUGCACCGACACCUCUGGGCGGAGCAGCAGGCCCCAGGUGUACGUACACCUGCUGCAGACACCCCACAAAUCGCAGAGGAGCCCAGAAGCCUCGGAAGUGGCAUUUCUUCUUAUUUGGAAAAGUCCGUAACUUCAACAAAUACUCCAAGUGCUUUUACAAUUGCUGAUCCUUUUGCUUCUUGGCUGCCUGCUGCUGCUGCUGAAAAGGCAGCAGCAAAGGGGCCCCAAGAAGGGGGCCCCCACACGGAGGCUGCUGCUGCUCCGCAGCCGCCAGAGCAGCAGCAGCAGCCUGCUGCUGCUCCUGCUGCUGCUGCCCCUGCUGCUGCUGCUGCGCCAGAAGCGCCUGCUGCUGCUGCUGCUCCAGAAGAAGGCCCCAAGCCGGAAGCUGCUGCUGCGCAGCCAGAGGCCUCCGAGAAGCAGCAGAAAGCGAAGGAGACAGCUGCUGCAGCUGCUGCUGCAGCAGCUGCUGCACAAGAGGCUCUUGCUGUAGCAAAGGCGGAAACUGAGCGACACGCCGAGGAAGAAGCCGCGAGGCUGCAGCAGGAGCAAGAGCAGCAGCAGCAGCAGCGGCAGCAGCAGCAGCAGCAGGACUCCGAGGCCAGCAGAGCUGGAAGGCGGAAAGAAGCUGCCAGGGGAGAAAAGAGUCUUGAAAAAGCUCUUGCUCAAAAGUUUGAAAAGUUGAAAUUGACAGAACAAGAAACAAAAGAGUUUGUAGACACUAAAGAAGUUGCGAAAAAUGUGCGGCGGCUCGUUGGCCUCAAGGCAGGCUCGAACUUGCAUUUGGAAAACCAAAAGUUAAUAAAGCCGGGCUGCGACAUAGCGACGUUCGGGCCCGCGUACUGCGCAGCAGAAGACAACCCGCGGGCGGCAGACAUCCUGUGGAGUUUGGAAAGCCGCAAGAAUAACUGCUACUUGGUGAUUGCUGCAUGCAUGCUGCUGUUUGGGGCUUUGGUGCAGCUGUGCUGCAGCGCGCUGGAGCGCAAAGUGCUGCGCGGCGACGCCUUUUCCAAAGAAGUCCUCGAGACGGCUUUUCGCCAAAUCGCCUUCAUCGCCAUUGUCGACGUGCUGCUUUGGGGCUGCAUGCAGUCCAACGUCGCAGCCAUUCUCGACGAACUUGUCUUCGGAGACGUAAUGCCGCGGCAGCGAGACGCAGACAUUGUUUUAGAAAAUGUCUCGCCAAUGCUGGAAGUGCUUUUUGAGGAUCUUUUCUUCGUGGCCAUUUUGCUGCUGAUCUGGUUAGUGCAGCAGCAAACAGCAGCAGCCACCAACGGCGCUGCAGCAGCCCAACAGCUCUGCAGCAGGCCAGACGGCCCUCUGCAACUCCUCCCUGCUGCGCUGUACGUGGCGUUUGUGGUGCUGGUGCAGUGCCUGGUGCGGCAGCUAGCAGCAUGGAUGCGCAAAGUCGACGAAGAAGAAGAUGUGACGGAAAUUGCAAGAAAAGCAGAAGUUGCAGAAAACUCUUGCUUCGGCCGCUGCCUCCACUCCGACGACAUAGCCAAGGCUGCCUUCGUCGCCCACAGGCAAGCCAGCAGCAGCAGCAGCAGCAGCACAGCAGCAGCAGCAGCAGCACAGCAGCAGCAGCGCAGCAGUAGCAGCAGCAGCGGCAGCACAGCAGCAGCAGCAGCAGCAACAGCACAGCAGUAG